AUGUACUCCGAUGAGUUAAUAAAAUGUUCUCUUGGAUUUACCGACAAGACUGCUACCGUUCUCGCUGCUCUUGAGCUCCAUAUUAUUUCUUACCCCUUCUAUGCAUUUGCAUGCAUGGACAAAAUGGCCCAGCUAUCCAAGGCGCUAGGGGUGAUGUUUAUAAAAUGUUCUCUUGGAUUUACCGACAAGAUUGCUACCGUUCUCGCUGCUUCUGGAGCUACCCUCUCCAGGUCCAGGUUAUUUAUUACCCCUUCUAUGCAUAGAAUACAUAGACAAUAUGGCCCAGCUGUCCAAGGCGCUGGGUGGAAACAAUACGGCCCAGCUGUCCAAGGCGCUAGAUUGGGUGAUGGUUCGAUUCCACAAUAUGGCCCGGCUGUCCAAGGCGCUAGAUUGGGUGAUGGUUCGAUUCCGUCAAUUGUCAUCCCAUAUGCGUUUGAAUUGAUCUCGUUUUUGUCUCGUUGUUCCGCGAUGAGCAAGCACGAGACAAAUGGCCCAACUGUCCAAGGCGCUAGGUGGAAGGGCAAUGGUUCAAAUCCACAACAUGGCCCAUGUGUCCUGGACCAGGUGCCAGAAUUGGGUGAUGGUUCGAAUCCACAAUAUGGCCCAGCUAUCCAAGGCGCUAGUCACGGUGGAAGGGCAAUGGUUCAAAUCCAUGUGGCCGACAAGAAUGCUACCGUUUUCGCUGCUUCUUUCUCCAUGUCCAGUUUAUCAGUGAUCACGCGAUCACGCAUUUGCAUAGACAACAUGGCCCAGCUGUGA